AUGAUCCGCAAGAGUACAUCCGGUUCCUCUUACUCGAAGAAUAAGGCCUUCAAAGGGAUGCAAGAGAGCUGGGUGCCGCUGUCUUCUGAUGCGACUGUACCCGUCAAGAGUCUGUCCAUCAUCAGCGUCUUUUGGGCCAACGAAACUCAGACAGAGUUCAUCAUGAGCCAAGUUGUCAACUGUGCUGUCGAAACAAAGGCAGAGGACUCGAACAAGACGCCUGUGCCUCUCGAGACGCAUCGCGACGAGGAAAACGAGGAGCUCGCUGCUCUGCGCAAGACCAUUGCGGAGCAUGAUGAGCGCAUCAAGCAGACGCACGUGCCUUUGCAAGAGCUCAUCGAUGCGGGCAAGCGUCUCGAUAGGAAGGACAAGCGUCUUGCAAAAAAGGACCAGACGAUCGCUGCUUUGCACAAGAUCAUCGCUGAGAUGAAGGAGGUGCUCAAGCAGCAGGCGUAA